ACCUAACCUAGGUUUUGAGAGGGAGGAAGGGACACGCAGUUCAAGAGAAGAGAGGCUCCGUUGCGUUGCGUAACGUUGCAGAGUGAGAGACAAGAAAGAAAGGCCCCAACCCCAAUGCUCUCUCUCUCUCUCUCUAGUCACACUCUUUCAAAUACUACUAUCUUCUUCUUCUGUCACUGUGUUGUAGCAUCAUUGCAAGAAGAGAACUCAAAAGGGUUUCAUUCAUUGCUUUCUCUUUACACUUGCACUCUUGCACCUGUGUUUCCUUUGGAUCUUCCUCUGCACUUCAAAUACUUUGUUUCUUUCUUUUAAGAAACUUGAUAGAGAGCCUUCAUUAUAUUAUUUUAAUAUCUAAUAAUAAUCAUAAGAGAUAUAUAUAUAUAUAUAUAUAUAGCUGAGAAGAGUAGAGAAAUGCAGCAGCACCUGAUGCAGAUGCAGCCCAUGAUGGCAGCUUACUAUCCAAACAACGUCACCACUGAUCACAUUCAACAGUACUUGGAUGAGAACAAGUCUUUGAUUCUGAAGAUUGUAGAGAGUCAGAAUUCGGGCAAGCUUAGCGAGUGUGCCGAGAAUCAAGCAAGGCUACAGAGAAAUCUCAUGUACCUAGCUGCAAUAGCUGAUUCUCAACCUCAACCUCCAACCAUGGCCGGUCAGCAGUACCCUUCUGGUGGUGGAAUGAUGCAGGGUCAGCAGCAGCAGGGAGGAGCACACUACAUGCAGGCUCAGCAGAUGACACAACAACAACAACUAAUGGCUGCACGUUCCUCCCUUUUAUUUGCACAGCAACAGCAGCAGCAACCUUACUCAGCCCUUCAACAGCACCAACUUGGAGGCGGUGGAACUUCAGGACUACACAUGAUGCAAAGCGAAGCCUGUAGCAAUAUGAACGUGGGAGGAAGUAGUAGCUCAACAUUGGGUUCUGGUGGUGGGUUUCCUGACUUCAUCCGCGGUGGAGGAGAGGGUUUGCACAGAAGUCUUAUUGGAGGUAGUGGCAAGCAACAAGAGAUUGGGAUGAGUUCUUCAUCUGAUCAAGGUCGAGGCGGCGGUGGUGAUGGCGGCGAAAACCUUUACCUCAAAUCUUCUGAUGAUGGGAACUAGUACUCAAUUAGCUGUUCAGAUCGAAUUUGGUUUAAUUAGUUAUCUUGAUCCAAUUCGGAUGCAUUUUAACUUUUAUGAUCAAUUAGUUAAUUAGUUAGCUAGGAGAACUAUUAAUCAAGAUCAAUUAGCUAGCUAGGUGAAAAACUUAAUUCUGCUUCUUAAUUAGAUAAUCCUUGUUUAUCUUGUGCUUAAUUAAGGUAAACUAUUUGGUGAGAUUUGAAUUAACUUGCAUCAAAUGAAUGUUAGCUUUUGCUUUGCCUAA